AUGGGAACCAGUCAGCACUGGUCAAGUCCCCACCCGGACUCUUUUUUUUCUGUUCCCAGGAAGUGGAGGGGACUGCCAAACCCCAUCUACCGGAAGUGCCUUUUCGUGAGUGUCUGGGUGUUCUUGCUGCUCUGCGUUCCAAUUCCCGGUUCGACACUGCAACAUGCUUCUGAUUCAGCUCCUCCACUUAGCUGUAAAAAUGCAUUAAUCACAACUGCCUGGUAUCUUCCUGAGCAAGACUUUACAGUGGGACCCAGCAUGCUUCAUUUUAUCCAGAAGUUUUCUCAAGCAUCUUCAAAGAUGUUUAAGUACCCUUUUCCAGUCCGACUAGGAGCCAGCAGAAUAGAAACAUUUUCUCUCAAGACAUGUCACCAACAGAACUUUUCCCCUUUGUUUCCAAGGCCUUGGUUUUUCUCUUCAUUUCCAGUGUAUAUGAGGAAGACACAAUACUAUCACACUUCCCCAUGCAGCUUUAAGAAGCAGAAGCAAGAAGUACUUCCAGCCAAGCCAUCAAGCACCAUCACUUACCUAUUUGACAGCCCAAAGCCAGCAUUAUACAUAACUCUGGGAGGACUAAUUCCCUUUAUUACUCCACCAUUGGUCAUGGUGAUGACAAAGACUUAUAUUCCUGUGUUAGCUUUUACUCAGAUGGCUUAUGGAGCCAGUUUCCUAGCUUUCUUGGGAGGGAUCAGAUGGGGUUUUGCUCUACCAGAAGGUAGUACAGCGAAACCAGACUUCCUCAAUUUAGCUAAUAGUGCAGCUCCUCUUGUGUUUUCAUGGUUUGCUUUCCUUAUUUCUGAAAGACUCAGUGAAGCUAUAGUCACAGUAAUAAUAGGUUUGGGGAUAGCAUUACACAUUGAACUUUUUCUUUUGCCACAUUAUCCCAAUUGGUUCAAAGCCCUUAAGAUAGUAGUCACUUUAGUGGCCUUGUUUUCAUUUAUAAUCACUUUACUAGUUGAAGAUAUUUAUCCAGAGAAAGGACCCAAGAGACCUGGUCAAGUAGAAUAAAUACAAAACUACUUUGUAGAUGACAUGAGCAUGUUGGCUAUAAGCCUUAGAAAGCUGUGUUUUGGCAUCAUCUUUUUCUACUUACCCUGUUUAACAGCUUUUUCCUCCAUCGGUGGUUAUUCUUCACAGAUUUUUUUCAUUUCUAGAAAUCUUUAUUUCAUAGAAAUUACUUGGCAACAGCUUGAAAAUCCCUAACAAGUCAUUUUCACUUUAGAUUACAGUUUUUAGUCUUUAUGAAUUACACAUUUUAAUGUUUUGUUUUGAAUGUAAAAUAAUAAAAACGGAAACCCGUU